AUGGCUUCCCCAGGAUUGUUGGCUCGUUCCUUCCCUCUCCGGCAGAUUCUCGCGAAUACCAAUUCUGUUCGGUCAAAAAUUGGGCUCGCACUUCUUCUUUUGCUUUCCAUUUGCCUUACAUCUGCAAGCUGCAGCAAAUUAUUUGCUGUUGAUGAAACGCGCGACGAGCUGGACCUCAUCGAUGCCAGAGCAGAAGGCUUCGUCGAAUACGAUUCAAGCACACAAUACACCACAUGGAGACGAGCGGACCUGGCACGAAUCUCUGUGCACCUCAUGGCAGGACAGAUAAUCAACUCUGAAGUACUAUCAACACCCGAGAUUAAUGCUGUCACCGACGUUUCAAUUGAACUCGAGUCGCCUGACUCGAUGAUAAACCUACAUCUUUCCACCGAAUCGGGUCUCCGCUUUGUACAACAGACCGUUGGUAUACAAAGUAGUACCCUACACUUCACAUGGCCGGUUUCACCGUGUCUUGGUCUUGGAGAAUAUCAGCUCACAUCAUUUAAGGCAACUGGAUUUGAUGGUUAUCUCGGGUUCAUCAUUACACCUGCUGUUGUGACCAUCGAGAACUCAAAUCUACCAAUCCCUUGCGGUCAAUCUGAAAAUGAUAUGAAGCUGGGAUUGCCUGUACGACUCGAAGGAUUACAUGCUCAGGGAAGAGUCAAACGAGACGCACACCCGAUCUCGUACAAUAACACGGGCACGGAUAGCAUGAGCACGGAUACCGCUUCCGACUGGAAUUCGUCCACCUCAUUUAAUCCCACGCAGUCUCCGGGUUCAACGCUCACUCAGACUCCUAUGAACUCGUCAUCGACGUUCACCGGUGCCAGCACUGUGCACAUCAGCUAUACUAUGACGACUACCAUCAACGGCUCUGAUGUGAUUGUGACCGUCACUGAGACGACGACGAAGCCAGAGUUCACCACUAUUGUCGUGACGUCUCUGGAGACUAUCGUCAGCACUAGCACCGCUCCCGGGACAACCGUCGAAUUCACCGCGACGUGA